UGACCUGAGGGAGCUCCCGAGCUUUAGCCGUGUCCUGACUGCAUGCGAGCGUGCGCGCGUGUGCGUGCGCGCGCGCGAGCGAUGCCCAUGGUAGUCCAGCAGCAGCAUGGAGGAUGUCAAGGAGAACUUUGGAUUGACGCUCGGGAAUAACGCGCGGUCGACCUGAACCUCGUCAGGCUGCACGGUUUUUUUGUUUUUGGUUUUUCUGGAAGGGAUCUAUUGGUUUGGAUGUUGUCCCUCUUUCCACCUUUUCUAGACACUGGGAAUUUACGUUUGCUUCGGGGCGUGCAAAAUGCCUUUCGCCAAAAGGAUUGUGGAGCCGCCGCUUCUGUGCAGGUAUCAGAUCCCCAACGAUGAAGGUCUGCUCUUCGAGGACCUGUGCGCCAUCAGCAACGCGGUUCUGUCCCGGACCUUGCGACAGCUGUCCGACCUGGCCCGGCACGCUUGCUCCUUGUUCCAAGAGCUGGAGAACGACAUCGUCAGCACCAGCCAGCGGGUCUGGGGGCUCCAGAAUAAAAUAGGCCAGAUCCAGCAGAGUGCCAGUGCCCUAGACCCCAAAAAGGAGGCAGUGCCUGUGUCAAACUUGGAAAUAGAGAGCAAGCUGUCCCUUCACUAUCAGGCCCCAUGGCACCAACAACACAACGUGUUUCAUCCAUGCACCCGACCGCCGUGUCUGGAGGAGCUGCACAAAAACACUCAGCUCAGCCUGCGGGCCCUGCGCAGAGACGAAAAACAGAACGAGCGGCCCACGAGUCGGGAGAAGAACAGGGUGACCAUCUCCAUCUCAACGGUGCCCCCUAUACCCACCUUCCCUUCACCACAUUCCAUCAGGCGGCAACAGAGAAGUCGGCUGGCUCGAGCGCAAGAAAGAGAAGAGAGAGAGCGAGAAUUAGACUUUCAACCCAGGAAGGAGAGGACAGUGGGAGAAACAGAAAUCCAAACAAUUCAGAGAAAGGAGAGACCAGGGAGGGAAGCGGAUAUUCAGACAACGCAAAAAAAGUUUGAGUGCUUUUACUCACUUCAUCGUAUUGAGGGAUGUAUCUUCAUUCCAUGGAAUAGAAAGGCUACCUCAACGGGCGAAGGAGACGAUGAGGAGGUAUUAACAGGUUACAAAACAAAGACCUCAGCACCUGCUGCUGUUCCCUCUACCCCGGACAAAGAGACAAAACGGUCGAAUGAAAACUUGUCCCACUCUGAUCAGAAGACAACUUUUGAUGAAUCUCGUGCCGUCUCCUCCUGUAUCAUCCCCAUCAACGUCACAGGAGUUGGAUUUGAUAGAGAGGCAAGUGCACGUUGCUCCCUUGUCCAUUCCCAGUCGGUUCUUCAGAGAAGAAGGAAGUUAAGGAGGAGGAAGACCAUCACUGGAAUACCCAAACGAGUACAACAAGACAUGGACUCAGAUGAAUCACCAGUAGCAAGAGAACGGACAGUAAUUGUCCAUGCCAAUCCGCACCAACUCUCGCUGUGUCACGAAGACUUCUCAAUUAGUGGUCGCCUUCACCACACUCGAGACUCUGGCUGCCAAACAGAUGAUUUCCUCAUAGCAUGUACAGCUGCUCCUUCCAGGAGACGUAUUAGAGCUCAACGAGGCCAUCAGGGAAUCCCAGCAUCUCUGUCCCACUCAACAGGCAACAUUUCUUCCCUUGGUGACCAGUCUGACUCCACAUACACAAGCACUGCAACUCACACUGGACGCUUACGAUCUCGCAGCCUCCCAAGAGAAGGCGGACGCCUGAUGGAUAGUGAUGAGGAUGACGACGACAAUUACGAUGACGACGAUGAUGAUGACGACGAUGAGGAAUUGUCACCGUAUGAGGCAGAGGAUUUUAUUCCACCUGGCCCAAGUCCGAGGAUGAAGAUGAUGAUGAUGAAGGAUGAAGAGGAGAGCACUGAUGACCAGGCAGCUCCUGAGCCACUGCAACUGGGAAGCCUAAAACGGUUGCAACGAUCUGGGGAAAGAGAGAGAGGAGGAGGGAGCCCAGAGCACUGCUGGAUGGAAAGAGGCCGUUCUCGCUUGCCACGCAAAGCUGACAUGGGCAGCUGUGAGAUUUCAUCAAGUUCUGAUACUUUUAGCAGCCCAAUUCAUUCUGUGUCUACAACAGGAGUUCUUAGUAGCCAUGUAGACCACAAGGAAGACCAUCAGUCUUCAAGUGGCAAUUGGAGUGGCUCCAGUUCUACGUGCCCAUCCCAAACCUCUGAAACUAUCCCACCACCUUCUUCUCCACCACUUACAGGCUCGUCCCACUGUGACUCUGAGCUAUCACUUAACACUGUACCCAAUGCGAUGGAUGAGGGAUUUUCCCUGGACCCCUCGUACCAUUCUGAAAUGAGACCUCAAGGACCAGGCCACAGGUCAAGCUCAUUCACAUCCUCAGCAACAGACCAGCUGGAUGAUGCAGGGGUGAGUACAGCCAGUGAGGGGGAAUGGGCAUAUCCUCCAGACCAGGACCAGAUUGACCCAGACCAAUACCAUCACCAGACCCAAAACGUAUGUCAAUCCCAGGACUAUAGCUCCAAACAAGCUCUAGAAGACCAAACAUGUUUCAGUGAAAAGACCAACAACACUGACAAAGACAGUGGCUCUCAUUACUCCUCUGAUGCAGAGGGUUUGUACACAUCUGAGCAAUUUGGUAAGAGUAAUGAGAGUUACAAACGCUACAUAUAUAACUAUGCAGACCAAGGGCGUGAUUGUGGUCAAUCCAACAUUGUGGCAGCACAUCCCAUUUCCCAUGUUGUUUAUUCCCCAGCCUCAUCCGACUACAGAACAGGCACUAUGACACUGGGUAGGCCCUGUCGUCCACUGAGGAAACCCAAACGUAAACCUCCCCCACCUAUACGGACAUCCUCCCUGAAAGACGCUAGUAGUAGUGUUGAUGUAGGAACAGACACUCAGGCAGAUCAAGACCAACCAAAGAUGGUUAGUGAACAAAACCGUGCAUUGUCUUCCACAGAUAUUAAGUUGGAACUGGAACUUGUAGGCAUUCAAGAACCAUCAGAGACAUCCUGUCUUGUGGCAGAGCCCAUGGGAACAUGGGUCAUGGGGCUAGGAGAAACAGAUAUUGUAGAACCCAUGUCCUUUAGCUCAGCAGACACGCACUCGUUUAAGGAUGAAGGAGCUGUGCAAUCUGACUAUGCAGACCUGUGGCUUCACAAUACUGAGUUGAAGUCCAACAAUUGUGAGUACAAAUCCCUGUCUAACUCAAGCACAGCGACAGGCACAACUGUUAUGGAUUGUAUCAAGUCCCCAGACAGCUCUUCCUCCUCCACUGACACACAAUCCCAGAAUCUUUCCCAGUCUUCUGAGACGAGAGCUGCUAGUCCACCUCAGCCGCCUGGAGACUUCAAACUUGGGUCACCUGAGAAGUUGGCUGGCCUGGCGUCACCAUCCAGUGGUUAUUCCAGUCAAUCAGAAACACCAACUUCUACUUUGCCGUCAACUUCAACAGCCUUCUUUCCAGGACCGCUGUCCCCUUCCACCGGCAAAAGAAAGCCCAAAGUGCCAGAGAGAAAGUCUUCUCUCUCUUCAUUGCAACACCUUCCGAGAGAUGGAACUUCUGUUGCCUCUGCUUACAAGAGAGACCCAGACUUCCCACCUCCACCUUCUCAGCUUGAUCUUAAUAUUCUUCAUGGUGGCUAUGUCAGACAGACACUGUCCCACAGAACACAACACCUGCAUACACUUCACCACAGCAAACACAGAGUCACAAAUGUUAUGCCCACUGGAACAAAGACGUUGGUCCCUGAGACAUUAAAUAGCAACCUUCCACCAUGUGCAAACGCUGCUGCUUUAAUUCCAACCUCUAAUCUGUUGGCGAUAACGCCAUCAGUUCUACGUUCAGUGCAGCUUCACUCUGUCAGCAAAUCUAGUAAUAUCGUGACCACCUCAGACCUGGAAUCUGCAAGCGCAGCAAGAACUCUUAUCAAACCCAAAUGUCCUCCCAGUGGUGCCACUCUAGCCCCACCCCCAAUCAACACAAGACCGCUCCCUCCUCGUAGACUGCCCCCCAGACCUCCAACUCAGGACCACACCUCUCCGGAUCACGCUCAACCACCUACCCCUGGACGUCACCCAGAUGGACCUCCAUCUUACGAAAGCCUACUACUCAGACAAGAUCGAUAUGGGCCUGGUACCUUCUGGUCAAUGACAGGAUUCAGGACCCGUAUAGACCCGUUUUCAGAAUUCUCCGAUGACAGUUCGCCUUUGCAUCGGCCGGUGCCACGUGCUCCUCACCCUUCACCAGUGGAUCUACACACACAUAUCCGCUCACACACAGAGUUUAGAGGGCUCACACAUUCAGCUAGCGCCCACCCAGAGUUUCGGAUUUUGGGGGAGCGUUCUUUUUCCCAAGAUGAUGAUGAUGAUGAGGAAGAUGAGGAAGAAGAAGAACAAGUAAAAGAAUCACAGAGGGCCACGUGUCACAGGGUGGGCAUGCGAUCAGAUCACCCUCCCCCUCCUGCCUAUGAGUUUGUCGGAGGAUCCCACCUGGACUCAGGGCCCUGGACUAGUCCAGUCAAAGUGCCUGGUACCACAGUGGAGACAUCGCAUCCUUACCUAAUCAGCGAUGCGAGGAGAAUAAGACAAGUGGUGCAGGAAGAAGAGGAAGAGACAUCAGGUGCUACCAGAAGUGCCCAUCACCUUUUGCCACAUGAGAAUAAAGACGACUCCACGACGCCCGAAACAGAAGACUACUUCAGUAAAGAUUCCACGCCCACUGACAAUUCACUUUCCCCUUUGACGGAUGACGCCAAAGUUGAUGAUGAUGUAACAACGUCCCCCAACAAGUCCAGAACAACCGAGGAUCUGUUUGCCAUGAUACACAGAUCCAAGAGAAAAGUCCUUGGCCGUAAAGAUUCCGGAGACUUAAAUGUGAAGUCUCGUCUCUGCCCUCCAGCACCAGUGAAUCCUAACAGUGUCACCAAUGCCAUUAUGCCACCACCCCCUCCACUCAACACCCCAGCCACCGUAGCCGCUGUUUCUGGGUCACAACGUGUCCCUGUUCCAAUCUACCGCAGCGCUAAGAAAUCCAGUACGUCCAAUGAAGAGUUCAAACUCCUGUUGCUUAAGAAAGGGAGCAGAUCUGAUUCAAGUUACCGCAUGUCAGCCACAGAAAUUCUGAAGAGCCCUAUAACUCCAAAGACCCACGGGGAGUCCAUUCUGGAAGGCCCCAUUGGUCAAGCCGAAGAGACAACCUCAGUGCAUCAGGAACCCCCACCAUACAGCUUGGACCCAAUCCAGAUACCAGGCCUCUUUCCCAGGGCCAACUCUGAGAGCUUCACCCCGAAAAUACUGCCUAUGACAGCUGCAUCUCGACAGGGACGUUCUCGGGUUCCUCCAGUAGCCAACAGUAGUCGCUAUAGUACUCGUAGCCGCCUCUACACUGCUCCCAUGCAAGCCAUCUCUGAAGGGGAGACGGAGAACUCAGAUGGAAGUCCUCAUGAUGACAGAUCUUCGUAGAAUUUGUUGACGGCCAUUCUCUUUUUUUGAAACGGCCCCCUUCCUACUUUUGUAAUACUGGGUGUCUCUUGAUGCCUUUGGUCUAAUGCUCCCCCAAAUCUGACUGUUGCUAAAAUGUGCCCAGUAUUUGGAACCGCAAUGGAACCUUCGGGUUCCAAAUGUUGUGAGAAAUUGAAUGACAAAGGGUCAAAUAAAAAAAAAAAAACUUAAAACUAUAUAAAAAGGAUAGCUCCCUCAUAGCUAAAAUACAUAUUUUGAUCAAACUGUCUUUUGUAAUUAAAAAAAAGCUAUUAAGUUGCAAAAUAAAGAUAAGUUGAGACAUUUUGUGAAACGACUGCAUGUACAAGCACAGGCAAGAUUCACUGAUAUGUGUACUUCCUGUUGUGUGUGGUGUGGGCGUGUGUGCUGUUGAGGAACUGCUUUCUUAUGAAACUGAAAAUUCAUACAAAAUGUAAUAUUCUUCCAACUGUUGGUGCCCAAAAGCAGUAACCAGACUUUGCAUAAGCGCAUUCUAAAUAUUCCUGCCAACAAGCAAGGUUUGUCUUUUGCGUAGGUUACAAAAUGGUCCCAACACAAAACCAAGUUUUUAAUUAUUAUUUACAUCAGCAGACCUGGGAUCAAGAUAACAUAAAGACGACCACAGAUUUCGUCACCUAAAUUAUAUCCUAAACUUUUAAUAUGAUGCAUGUAUUUUUGUAAAACGUCUCAAAACACGAUGCUAAAGUUUCAUCAUGUCGCAUGACCCGAAUGGAAACAUCCCCUAGAUUCUCAGCUAUCUAGUCACUUUUUUUUUUUUUUUUUUUUUUCUCGGUUCUCUCGUAUCAUAUGGACAAACGAUCCUGUGAAAAGUUUUCGCGACAUUUGUAACACAUUACCGUUGAUCCAAACGGAUCUUUUUUUCUGGGAUUUUUCAAGGAGCGAGGGGCCCAUUACUAUAGUAGACGAUCACUUUGUGGAAAAACUUUGGGACAAUCGCACAGUGGCCUUUCUCUGCUAGAUUUGCUUUUGUUUGGGGUGACUCUCCAUGGACCCUGGCCAGAAUCAUAUUUGAAACGAACUUUAAAACCCUGUCAUACUGUUCUAACUUCAAGUAGAAAAGAAGCAUUUCAAGUUUCAAAGGCACCAUCCAGUGCAGAUGGUGAAAAUGCUUCCGAGGGUCCUAAAUCGGGUUGACCGGAGUCAUUUGCGACGCUUUCCAAUAACCGACCUAUCUUUUGCACUUGACGAUUCUUCGAGAAUAUUGAAAAGAAGUUAUAUCUUAUAAUGAAUUGGAAUAUGUAUAUUUGUAUUGAAUAUAAAGUCAUGUCUAUAUGGAAGAAAAAAAAAACAACUAAACAAGGAGAAGACAUUUUUAUCAAGAGUGUAGCAAAGAAGAACAGGUCUCAUUGACAACAUGACGUCGAAAUCUGAACACUGUUCUCUCCGAGUUGCCUAUCCUUCAUUUGCACUGACCCAGUAGCAUGAGACGGGUGAGAGCUCAACCCGUUGACUGGUGCCCGCCAUUUUAUCCAAAUUGACAUAUUUUCUUCACAUUGAACACACUCUCCCACGUUUUAAAAAGCAAUUCAUCAAUGGCUGUGGCCUUAGGACUCGAUUUCCUACCAAGGUUACCUUUCGAUUCUAAUUUUAGCUCGCCUGUGCAUUUCGCAAACAUUUUACGCUGACUACCACCGAUAUGACCAACGUUAAAUAAAAUAUCCAUGUUAACUGGGAAGGCUGGCAGUGAGCGAGUGAGUUAAAUGCUGAAGCGCAGCAGGCCGACGUGUUUACAAAAAAAAAAAAAAAAAAAGGGGGUAGGUUGUUCUCGGAAGCUUGGGCAUUUAUCGUUAUUGUAAGGUAGGCAAGGGAAAACCACCAUUUUCAAACAAAGACACAAAUAUAGAACGUUACCCGAGACAAGCUAAGCUACUGUAUGCGUAUUCAAUUCUGACAUAACCUUGAGCGGAAAUUACGGUUUCACACUGUCACGGUAUUGCAAUUACAGCUCUAAAAUGUUUUUGUCUUUGUUUGUUUAAAUUCAGGUAGAUAUUUUAUUUUUAAACAACACAGAAUAUUUGGUACAUUCGUAAACACAAAACAAAAGUAAACAAUCGAACCUUUCUUAACAAAAUCAAAAUAUACUACAACAGUAAAAAUACUUAUUUCUCCACUUUGCGAAGUAAACGUCAGACUGGAAACGAGCUAAUGAUAGCCACGCUAGUUAGCCAUGUCAUCCGCCUCGGUAGCAAGUCGAGCACUAAUUCUCGACGCGCUAGCUCUUGUAGCUGGUUGCAAAAGUUAAUUUCAAGACAGCGUUAUAGAAAUAUAUGAAUAUUAGCUUUCCCCGCGACCCUUGUGAGGAUAAGCGGCUCAGAAAACGGAUGAACGGAUGGACGGAUAAUGUUACCUUGAAUUUGUCAAAGACUGAUGGGUGGCACUUUGCUAAAUGUGAUUUCGUAUUGGAAGUGAGCACGUUUUGCAUAUCCUUCCGCUACCACAACUCGCAGCGCUGAUGAAAGGUUUUCGCGGUUUUGAAACUGUGACUUUUUAACACAAAAUCGGUUUUUGAAACCAGUGAGCGGCGCAUCCCUAUUGUAAGCCACUGUAACAUUGUACACAUUUUGCACAUUAACACUGCGUUUAAAAAUAGGAAAAUAGCAAAACUGUAGGCGGCACGGUGAGCGACUGGUGAGCACAUCUGCCUCACAGUUCUGAGGACCGAGGUUCAAAUCCCGGCCCCGCCCGCCUGUGUGGAGUUUGCAUGUUCUCCCCGUGCUUGCGUGGGUUUUCUCCGGGUACUCCGGUGUCCUCCCACAACCCAAAAACAUGCGUUAAUUGAAGACUCUAAAUUGCCCGUAGGUGUGAAUGAUUGUUUGUUUAUGUGUCCUGCGAUUGUCUGGCGACCAGUUCAGGGUGUACCCCGCCUCUCGACCGAAGACAGCUGCACACCCGUGACCUUAGUGAGCAUCAGCGGUAUGGAAAAUAGAAUGGAUGGACAAAAUUGUACCAAAUUAAGAAUUAAUCCACAUCAAUUCAAAUAAAAGAUAUGCCCGAAGACAUUUUUAAUACAUGUAAAAGUUCAAUACAACCGAACUGUACUUAGGCAGUCAUUCUUUCCCGUACUGCUAGAGGGAGCCCGCAUUCGACGACACAGUUUGAGAAUCAGUGAACUCGUGUUACGAGGGAAAGGACCAUCGGUUGACAGCUUGAACUCUCACCUGCUUAUCACAGCAAACAUUUACUCACAUUCAGAGACCGCACUUCGAUAGGAACCACUCACUGUAUUCUGUGAAUACCUCAACGAACAUAUUACUGUUUUACUGUAAAUGCAAGAUAGAUAGAUAGAUAGAUAGAUAGAUAGAUCGAAACGAACGUAGCAGACAAACAUACUCAGCGAACCUGAACUACAGAACUGACACUGUGUACGCUGGAGUGAGUAAAAAGCUGUGAAUCGCUCCUAAGAAUUUGACAUUCAUGACACACUUCAUGGCUUCAUGGCACUUGUUCCUGACCAUUGUUUUGUUUAUUUGUCGUGUUUUUCUAUCGCAUGCAAUAAGACACAAGUGACAAAAGAAGAAAAGGGACACCACUGUAUGAUUAUUUUUUAUCUGAGGGAUGUCUCCAGAUGAGAAAAGAAUUUGUAUUUUCUGUUCUAUUGUCAAGUUAAAUAGUGUGUUCAAUAGAUGUACAAGCUGUCUGGCUAAUUCUGUUCUGUAUAGGUGUGAUCACAACAGGGGUUUAUCUUGUACUGUAUAUCUUACUCACUGGACAAUCAUACGUUUGAAGAGACUGAACAGAAACAGAUAUCGAAAAAUCGGAAUAUUUCUGGCGCUGGGUCUUAGUAUUGCCGGAGCCGCAAAAGUUGGCGUGAGAGAUAUUUUCACUUUGAAUUGGAAGAAGAAGAACAAAAUUAUUCAUGAUGAGAAGACGCUGUUUCGAAGUGUGACUUGUAAAAUAGUCCUCCUACUUUUGGUAUUUUGAAAACUUGAAUUCCCAUUGAAUAUUACAGCAAAUGGGUUAUCUCGCCGCCACUUGAAGGAUGCAAUGUGAAAAAAUCUUUUUUAAGACGAGAAAACCACGGCCGGCGUUGAAGAUUUGUGUGGUGUGUUUGUUUUUCCGUACUGUACCCAUCAUUUAUCCCAAUGGUGUUGUGACACAAUUUGUAUCAUUUCUGAAAUAAGCGCUGAAAUGACCAACACUAUUGGAUAAGUAAGACUAUGUGUUGGGGUAAUGUUCAAAAUCAAUUUGAGCUCUAAUUUAUAACACGAUUAAACCUCAUUUGACUUGAGAGUACCACAAAAUCAAGAUUCUUGAAUUCAUGACUACUUUGUUCCAAAUGUUUCGAUGUUCGCAUCCAAUUUUGCUCGAGUGAAAUGUGACAGCCACUGGAAAUUUUUUCAAAGGUGUACAGUAUGGAAUAGCACUAAACAGAGUUUAAAAUUUUAAAAAUAUAUGUGAGAAAAUACGCAGGUGGAACUGUCUAUUUAAAAGAAGCUCCAGGUUUAAAGGUAGAUAGGACAUAGCAGAUUUGAAUCUUUUUUGUAUUUUUGUAUAAACUUGUAAAUUUCAUUUUUAAAAGAAAAACAAUGUUGAAAUUCUUUCUUUUG